GUUCGGGUGAAUAGCAAAUGACAGCAAAGCAAGUCGUCAGUCUGCUACUAAAUAAGUUUCUGGUUGAAAAUAAAACAGAUGAAUUUGCCCUCUAUGUCGUCCAUGAGUCAGGAGAGAGGACAAAGUUUAAAGACACUGAAUAUCCCUUGGUGUCACGUGUGCUGCAUGGCCCAUGUGAAAAAAUUGCAAAGAUUUUCAUUUUGGAAAGGGAUCUAGGUGAAGAGGUUACAUACGAUGUUGCACAGUACAUCAAGUUUGAAAUGUCUGUUUUGGAUAGCUUUGUCAAAAGAUUGAAGGAGGAAGAAGAAAGAGAAAUCUUAAAACUAACAAGAAAAUAUACUGUACUGAGAUCAGUGAUACUGCAGCAACUGGAGGAACUUUCAGAGAGUACAGACUGAGUGUUAGAAGAUUUAAAACAUUUUUGCCUGAGGAUGUAAAUGCAAUAGCUUUUAUAUUAACAUGUUUAUAACGAAAUGAUGUCUGAAAUAUUCAGAAGUUAUAUACAAUGCCAAAUUUGCUAGUGUCAAGCUGUUGAAUGAGGCAUUUAAACCUUUCACUGUUGAUUUAACAUAUUUCUGCAAACUAAGGGCAAUGCUCCUAAGUGAAC